CGCACUUCCUCAUUCUGGAUUUCGAUGCGCCGCCGCCCCCACCCCACUCCCUCCCACGCUGUCCAUCGGCGUUCCCCUCACACUCUCACUGCUUGGCCCUCUCAUCCACCUCCCGUCCCCUCGGCGGCGGCGCCCUCCCCAUCGCUAUCCCCCAACCCCGACAACGAUCUCGUUUCCCUCAAUAGCCAGAUCCCGCUCACGCUCCUCAUCGUCCUCCUCGACCUGCUCCUCCCGCCGGUGCUCCUCUCCAACUUCCUCUGCGCCGGCGUCCACCAUGCCUCCGCACACAGCCUCCUCACCCAGGCCAGGGGCUUCCACUUCCGCUCCUCCCUCGUCGACCUCCCCACCAUUUUCGCCGCCCGCUCCCUCCUCAUCCUCUGCGCGUACACGGCGUGCGGGGGCGGCGCGGCCUACCUGUGGGUGUUGGCAGCCUGCAGCGUCGGCUCCCUCUUCUACGUCCUCGCCAAGGCCGUCGGCAGAUCGGCCAUGCGUAUGAAUCCGUCAAGGCGGAGCAACGGGUGGGGGAGCGAAAUCAGGCGAUGGCUAGCAAGUCCAGGCAGGUUCCGACCGUGGUCGCCCUCGUACGUCAGUUAGCGGCGUCGGAGCGGCGUCGGAGCCAUGUGCUGGGCAUGUCGCCGAGACUGACCAAGACGCCGCGGCUGCAAGUGCUGGGCAUGUCUCCUGAUGACACUGCGCAGCGAGCACGCCUCCGUCAAUUCACACACCUGCACGCACACCUCCCCGUCUUCCUGCGCGGAGGACUGCUCGCACGCGUCCCAUCGACUCACGCCUGCUCAAACGCCACACGGGUCGCACGGUGGCACAUAUAUUAUUUUUCUAUUUGGAUGAUUAAUGGUGCCGCUUUAAGCAUGGCACGUAUCCAUUGUUGGUCUAACGAUCAU